AAAUCUGACACUUGACAGUCUCCCAGGGAGCCGCCACCGAAAGCUGAACCGGGAACCAGGAAAUGCGCAAGCCUCUUUAUGCCGAAAAACAGCUGGGCUCCCUGGGACUCAGAGCACCAUGGGAAACCGGCUGUGCUGCGGAGGAAGCUGGAGCUGCCCAUCAACUUUUCAGAAGGAAAACAAAACAGGGAGCAGAGCAAGACCCACAUUGAGCACAUUGAAACAGCAGCAGCAACAGCUGCGGCACAAUGGCACGAAGGGCCAUGAAAACACAGGACCAAUGUAUGAGCGAGUGUUACAGCAGCCUAUACCUCAAAAGAGGAGUCUGAACUUCACACCAGAAGACAGUAACUUACAUUAUGCGGACAUUCAAGUGUACAGCAGAAUGCAGCCACGCUCUGCCAGUGAGGUGAAACACCUGCAUUUAGCAACUGCUACAGAGUAUGCUACCCUUCACUUUCCACACACAGCACCUCAGUAUGACAGCAAGAAUGGGACCCUGGUGUGAGCCUUGGGAGGAGGCCCGACACUGCGUCAUUUUACCACUAUUCCUGUGGGGACAAUCUACAUCUUUGGGCAGUAGGCCAGGGACAUUGGCUAUGUUUUACGCUUAAAGGACACCAGAGCCCCUGGAAUUGUGGGUGCUCCUACUAUCUUCCUUAGGUCUGUUUUAUUUGCCACCAUUAGCUUGCAGCUGUGCUUAGGUUAGUGAUGGGUGGAUGGGGUUCUACAAGAAAUAGUGUCAAAAAGGUCAUCUUUGACUGGGCCCUCAAGUGCAGCAGGAACCUUAUAUGUACUGUGGCUGCUCUUGUUUCACUUUAUUUAAUGGUACCUUGUUUGUUUGUUUGUUUUGUUUUGUUUUUGAAAUAGGGUCUUGCUGUAGCCCACACUGACCUGGAAUUCACUAUGUAGUCUCAGGGUGGCCUUGAACUCAUAGCGAUCCUCUUACCU